CUCAGUUCAUAAUAUCAUUUUGACGCUGUAUAUACUACGCGGUAGACGUACAUACGUACGAGUUGAUACUUAAAUAUUGAAUCUCACAGGAAUAUCCUAACCCAGUAAUCUCAUUAAAAAACGAAUAUGUAUCCAUACGGUUCCGGAAUGCCACAAUCAUCACAUCCUUCUACUAAUGAGCAACCUAAUGUGCCGUUUGGAGUUGGUUGGGUCACUGCACCAGUGCAGCAGAACGUCACGCAUUCCUCACCAUACCCACCGCCCACCGCACAACCUUAUCAGCAGCAAGAGUUCCAACAAUAUCCAAAUCAGCAUGGCGGUGGCGCAACCUAUCCAAUGCAUGCGUCUUAUCCAUCCACAUCAACAUCAUACCCUCUUAAUGUAAAUGUAUCUUCGCCACCAUAUCCAACCAAUAGAGUUGACAAUGUGGCGCCCCAUCAGGGCCUACAAUAUCAGCAGUAUAGCCAAAGCCAUUUUAAUCAGCAUCCAAAUGCAUCCUAUCCAGUUGACCGUGGAUACACACCAGCCAUGACAGCAUCCUAUGGAUAUGAGUCUCCUAGCCACCAUGUUCAGGGGCAUGGUUAUGGCUAUGGUCAUGACCAAAUUUAUGGGUAUGGGCAUGGGUAUGGUCAUGAGCACGUGCAGAACUCUCUCAAUCAACACUGUACGGCCUACGAAGAGGGUACUCCCACAUUGUUCCCGGCUCAAGGGUUUGACCCGGUUAAGGAUGCUCACGAUUUGCGCAAAGCGAUGAAAGGCUUCGGCACAGAUGAAGAUAAACUUAUUGAGAUCAUUUGCCGUCGCAGCAACGAGCAGCGCCAGGAAAUCCAACGUCAGUACAAAACUCACUUCGGCAAGGAUCUAAUUGAAGAUAUCAAGUCGGAGACAAGUGCCAACUUUCAAAAGCUGUUGGUUGGUCUCUUGCGUCCAAUUGUCGAUUACUACUGUGCCGAGCUUAAUGAUGCCAUGGCCGGGUUGGGCACCGACGAAGAGGUGCUCAUUGAAAUUCUAUGCACGCUAUCCAAUUUAGAAAUUCAUACCAUCAAAAAUCAGUACUUGCGCUUAUACGGCGCACAUUUGGAGUCGGAGCUAAAGUCGGAGACCUCCGGCAAUUUUAAGCGUCUGCUUAUUUCACUAUGCACCGCGGCGCGGGAUGAAAGUGGUCGUGUCGAUCCCAACAAGGCCAAAGAGGAUGCCAGGGAGCUGCUUAAGGCUGGUGAGCUGCGCGUCGGCACCGAUGAGAGCAUGUUUAAUAUGAUACUGUGCCAAAGAAACUAUCAGCAACUUAAACUUAUAUUCCAAGAGUACGAGAACAUGACUGGUCACUCGUUCGAGAAGGCGCUCAAAAAGGAGUUCUCUGGCGAUAUUAUGGAGGGUCUAAUUGCCAUCUACAAGUGUGUCACUAACAAGGCCGACUACUUUGCCUCGCGCUUGCAUAAAUCCAUGGCUGGCAUUGGCACCAACGACAAACAAUUGAUUCGCGUCAUCAUAACACGCUGUGAGAUUGAUUUGGCGGACAUUAAGGUGGCUUUCGAGCGUUUGUAUGGCAAAUCGUUAAAGAGCUGGAUAAAGGGCGACACUUCUGGGCAUUACAAACACGCUCUGUAUGCUUUGGUCGGGGAACAGCGCUCAUCUUAAACUUAUGCAUAAUUCAAAAUAACUGUUUAACAUGUUGUGUAUUCUACUUUUUAUGUAUUAUGUAUGUACGUUGACUAUGAAGUAACUAUUUUUAUUUAAAUAAGUAAAAAUUCAAUUCUACAACGCUUGGAAUUGUGUAUUCAAACAUCCCAACGCUAAAAUUUCUGUCUAAAGUGUGCCUCGACAAAAAAACAAAACCCUAGAGCUUAUGCAUUUACAUUUACAUUGAAGGCGCAAUUAUUUAUUUCAAAGAUGUUGUCUAUGAUUAUAUAUUGAAACUUGUUCAAUUUUUGCUCUUUAUAUAUUAUCAAUGUAAUGGAUUUGAAUAUGGUCUCGACUCCCUACGUCUGACCUAGUUGACACUGUUCGAAUUUUAAAUAUACCUAUAUGUAUUGAUGUAUUUUAUUAAAGGUUCAAUGCCUUUAAA